AUUCCGUGGUCAAGAGCAAGACACGCUUGACCGACUGCAGCCUUACCUGAUAUGCAUGUAACCCAAGCAGACAUUGUAUAUCCCAUUUCUGCUAGCGCCCUCUACAGUAAUGGUGAAUAAGGCACCAAUUGACAUUAGUACUGGGAGCAGUCAGUAUGAGUACAUCAAAUGCGUUGUUGUUGGUGACUCGGGUGUUGGCAAGACAUGUUUGGUGCGUGCCUGGGCCUGUGACACCAAGUACAGAUUAGAACAGCUGGUUAAGACCCAUGUGUCCACCGUAUGGGCAACUGACCACUACAGAAAUGACAAGGAGAUUCUGGAUAGAUCGUGGUGUCACGUCGACGAUUGUCGAGUCUCCUUACGAUUGUGGGAUACUUUUGGUUACCAUGACAAAGAUAGAGGAUUUGCUUAUAAAGGGGCCGAUGUUGUUCUACUAGUAUUUAGUGUUGUCAAGCCAAGCUCCCUACGCAAUGUACUAUCAAAAUGGCAGACAGAAAUAAAGAAUGAGUGCUCGACGACGCCAGUUGUCGUCGCGGGAACACAUGCAGAUAUGCGUUUCUUGUACAAAGAACAACGCUAUCGGUGUAUGGAGAAAGGACUGUUGUACAAGGCCAUAAAUAAAUGUGACAUCAUCACCCCAGAACAAGGCCGUGAGGUGGCACGAGCCAUCGGGGCACCAUACUAUGAGACAAGCAUCCUUUUUAAUUACGGAAUCGAAGAUGUGUUCUUUAAUGCAGUGAGAGCAGCAAUGGUUGAGAGACGUAAAAUAAAGUUUUGGAACACACAGUUGCGACGAAUACAGUAUCCUUUGAUCCAGGCCCCUCUGCCAGUACCUCAACCAUCUUUUCCUGCAGUCAGCGUGGCAACCUCAACAUUUGACCAUGAUCUUGCACAGUUAUUGAAAAAUCAAAAUGACGGUGAUGUGAUCUUCAAUGUCCGGGAUGUAUGUUUCCGGGUACACAAGAUCUGUUUGGUAGUUGCUUCCGACAUGUUUCGAGAAAUUCUUUUGAUGGAUGUCAAAGAAGAAGAGGGAAAAAAUGUUCCGCAAACAAAUGGACGGACAGAGAAAAAAAAUAACAAAGAGGAUGAACAAGUGCUUUUGGAUAACGAAGUUAUUCUGGAGGAAUCUCCUGUUAUUGAUGGAAAUUCAAACUGCCCCAAGGAUCGCGUUAUACAAUAUGAUGGAUGGGACACCAUAAGUAUGAGGUAUUUGAAUCAUGCAGCGUUUGAAAAAAUCGAAACAUUUCACUGUAAGAGUCCAACAGGAGGCAGUGCAGUUCGGACUGUUGUCACGGUUACACAGGAAAUCACUCCUCAUGCUUUUCGGUGUAUUCUGGAGUACCUCUACACUGGACGGGUACGGGACGAGUAUAACCAACUGUUUGAAGUACAACAAGCUGCGGAACUCCUGAAGUUGUUCCCGAUGCUGGUGGCACUAUCUAAUGUUCAGACACAGGAAUCUUUUCUCAACCUGGGACUGGAGAAACGUUUCUUCACAGACCGAAUCGACAAACUUCAGGAGUUGAUACUCAGGCAGGGACUCCUAAAGGAUAUCCAGUUUGAGGUUGAUGAUGGUGUAGUGGCAGCCCACAAGCCUCUGCUCAUCGCACGCUGUGAGAUGAUGUGUGCCAUGUUUACUGACAACUUCUUGGAAGCCUCGGCUCACGUGAUUCCAUUACCAGAUGUGACGUCAGAAGUAUUUGGUGUCUUACAAGAGUACUUAUACACAGACAGAAUUCAGAGUUUAGAAUCUGUUGAUCAGUUGGCUCUCAUUGCUGUUGCAAACCGUUUCUGUUUACCAAGACUUAUCUCCAUAGUGGAGGAUUAUGUUGUUGCGGAACUAAGUCAGGCAGCACAAUGUGAUGAGGAUAUUCUGGAGGAAGUGCUCAUGUUGAUUGAGCCAGCACAGUUCCACAAUGCCCUCCAGUUAGCAGCCUGGUGUCAGCAUUAUGUGUGCAUCCACUACCGUGAAGCUAGCAAAAGAUUUUUUCGAGAGCUACGUGGACUUCAGAAGGAAAACCUUACAUGGAUUGAAGAAAAUCAGUGGCCUCCUGUUUGGUAUAUUAAGGAGAAGGACCGAUAUGACCAGUUGAUCGGACAGAAGACGCCCAGUCUUCAUAUCCAACAGAAGGCACAGUUUUCACGCUGGCAGCAGUGCAAGGGCUCCUGUUUCUGUUUCUGUCGGCGCAGCAAGAUGUUGGUGGAGGAGGACAAUUACGACUUCCCUAUGUGAAAACUGCUGAAAGGGGAGAUCAUUUACGUUUAUGCUUCCCGCUAUCAUUCUGAUAAAAUGUUUCAAUACUCAAAUUGUUCUAUUCUUAUAAAUGUCAGCAAAAGACAUUGACUCCAUUCAAGUCAGCAACUCCUAGAGAGCUCCAGUGGGUUAUCUUUUUGCUUUCAUCCCUCAUUAUUGCGACAAAGAAUGAUACUCAAAUUUGUCCUCAUUGUUCUGUGAUUUGGCUUGUCUGUAUACAAAAAGGCGUCUGUUUUAGCGUAGCCUUAUAAAAAUUAAUGCCAAAUGUUUCAAGCCAAGCUGGAUUCAUAAGUAUAUAGGGACGCUUGAAAUUCCUGGUGGAUGUUUGUACACAAGUGAUUGUGAUUUCUUCUGAUCUGCUCAGCUAGUCAGACUGAAUGUUAGUAAAUACGUAUUCUAGGAUUUAUAGUGAUGUUUAAUGAUUGUCAAACUCUAGUGAAAUCUCUGAUGAAAAAGUUUUGCGUAAAGUUGUUAUG